CAGAAACUCAAGUGCUCUGGAUUGCUCUCUUAUCUCAGAGAACAAAGCCCUUAGGAAUAAAAUCUGCACCUAUAGCUAUCUCGCAGGGACAGCUGUCUUCACUUUCUGCAUCCUCCUCUCUCGUAUGCAGGUCAAGCACAGUAAACUGCACUGAGACUGGGGUAGAGAUGGAAACUUCAAUGUAGAAUCCUACUUCACAGUGGCUUUUUAGGAAAUGACAGCAUGGAAGUCCUGCAUCCUUUUGGCUAGGUGACUCAAACACCCUCUGCUUUCCAAGUAUCUAUGGGAGGAGUUGAAGUAAAUAUUCCAGAUGCUAGACUCUGCCCAAAAGGCAGAUUAAAUAAAAGUUGUCAAGGAGAUGGAAUAUGCAUUGUGCAUCAAUCCAUUAGACAUAAAAAUUUACAUCCUGGGUGUUUGCACAGAAUUCAGUCCCUAAGAGCAAAUCCAUUGUCUUAAAACCUCAACUUGUAGCUCAUUCCUUGGCCCCCAUGUGUUGUUCUCUUUCUACACCUUCAACUCUCUCAAGGAUGAUCAAAGUAAAACUGGGUAAUUCUUUACUACUGUGAUAUGGAUGGAAAGAUCCAAAGUGCAGCUUCCUCCUGUUGGACUUGAUGACAUUCCUGGGUCCUUUUCUGGGUUAUUCAAUCACCUUCUGCAUACUAAGAACUUAGAGGAGGAAGAACUUAAACAAGACCUCUGGAUUUGAGCUCCAAGGCACAGGGUAUGGCCAAUCAAAGGCUGGACUCUGAAGCCCUGCCCACUUCGUACUGAGUUUUCUAUAAGAAGAAGACUCCAGAUUCUAGAGCUGAGGACCUUUCUCCCAGGCCAUCUUUGUCACAAUCUGUGCAGGUCUGAAGCCUGGCCUCCAGCUCACAAUCUGUAGCUGCUUGGGUCUUGCACCUAGUCUCUGUCUGUCUUCAUAUCUGACUACUCCUAAGGGCUUAAGUCUCAGAACUGAAAAUCUAUCUCAGCAACAUGUUCUCCCAACCUGGAAGAGUUGAGGAUACUGAGGAGCCCCCACAGGUUGUUCCAGAACCAAGUAAGGACCUGAGUGAAACUCUGGGGGAUUUUCAGCCAGAGCCCUGCACUCUUCAGACUACCCCUGUGGAGACCAGUCAGCUUGAGUCAGUUCAGAGACAAGUGAUGUGUAUUAGGAAUCAAAUUGUGAUGACAUUUGGAUUUUGUAGCACCCCAAGAAGAGCCUUCACGCGAAACUCAAGUGCCUACUCCAGAAAUGUCAUGUAUUUCCAUUUUAGAGAGCUAAGAGAGACCGUUGCUUUGCACCAGCAUGUUGUAUCUGCUGGUGAGACUAAAUCCCCAGCAGGCUCUCAGCUGAUAGAGUUCAACACCCAGGAGCCCUCCACCUCUGAUUUCCAGGAGAGAGCAGUCCUUGAGAGCAAGGAGACUGUCUACAAAAAAGGCGGCCAGGUGAAGACCCUGAGUGGGAAUGAGACUCUUGUGACUCACAGUACAGCUGUGUGUGGAAGACAGAGUCUCAGCCAUGGUGAUAAUCAAGAUGUUCACUCUGGAGCACACCCUGCACCUCUUGAAGGAGGCCAUGUAAGACCUGCCAUGAGGACCAUCUAGUUACUUCUGUGUUUGACCAAACU